AUGAAGCUGUUCCUCGCUGUUGUUGCGGUCGCGUCCGUCGCAGCCCAAGACGCGACGUAUUCGCUCAAGGUGUUGUCCAAUGCCGCCCACGGGUCGUGUGAAGUGAUCAAGCCGCUGGGGGUCACGCAGCUCCACCGUGGGAUCGAAGGUCCCAACGAUACCCUCGACGAAGUCACGCCUCGUCAGAACAAAGCGUCCCUGGAGGAAGUCCAAGCGGCCGAGCCGCUCGGAACGGAACUCUUUAUCGAGGUACUGGGGGGAAGCGAAGCCGCCGUCGAAGCCCGAGUCGCCGAACUGUGCCCAAACGGUGUCCAGAGCAAGAACCUCCGAGAAGCGGCGGUCCAAGCCGCGUCGAUCCGUAAGAUUGUCGACUCGGGCGACCCGAAGAACCGCAUCGACGUGGUUUUCAUGGGCGAUGGGUACACCGCCGCCGAGGAAUCCAAGUUCUUUGGUGACAUGAAGCGCUUGACCAACGACAUGUUCACGGGCGACACGUUCGCCCAGUACCUGCCGUUGUUUAACAUCUGGGCAUCGUUCGUGCCGUCCGCCCAGUCGGGCAUUGGUGUCGGUGGCAAGCCUCGUGACACCGCGUUUGGUUUGUACCGGGACGGCACCGAGCUGCGCGCUGUGUACACGAGCAAGCCGACCGUUGCGCGCAGUGUGUGCGCGCAGACCGGGACAAACGCAUGCGACUUUCCUUCGUUGAUCGCGAACGACGACUUUUAUGGGGGAUUGGGUGGCGAAUUUGUCAUUUCAACGCGGUCGCCGACGUCAGGGACGAUGGUGCUGCGCCACGAGAUGGGCCACAACUUUGGCAAAGUCGGCGAAGAAUACGACGGCGGCCAAGUGUACAGCGGCGCCAACUCGGCGCAGUCGGCGUCGGCCAUCACGUGGAAGCACUGGCUUACCGAACCAAACAAGCUGACCGAGCAAAAGUGGGCCCAGCUGUACCAAAAGCACAUUUGGUACGACCUCAAGAACGGCGCGUACACUAUGGACUUCAAGUCGACGGGCGGGUUCAAGCGAUGGUACAUCAUCCUAUCCGUGUCGGGCGCCGAUACGCAGGAUUCGCUGUCGGUGACGCUGGACGGCAAACCGCUCGCGUGGAAGACGCAGGGCCUCAAGGACCGCACGUUUUACACGUGGACCAGCAACACGGGGUUCUCGGCCGGCGCGCACAAGCUCGUGGUCAAAGCUGGCGGAUCCUUCUCGGGUCCCAUCAUCAAGCAGCUGUGCAAUGCCGAGAUCUCCGAGUACGCUGGCGAGAACGAGUACCACCAAGACAACGAGUACAUUGGUAUCUACCCAACGUACGACAUCAACAAGGUCAAGACUGUGCGCCCCAACAACGAAAAGUGUUUGAUGCGAAACAUGACGUCGACGCACUUUUGCAGUCCGUGCCAAGAGAACAUGUGGCAGCAGUUCCUCAGCCGCGUGUCGUUCAUCGACAACGUGGCCGUGACGGGGAAAAAGGUCGCGCUGCAACUGAUCCCGCUUGCUCAGUUGCGCGUCCCCACGGACCCGUUUGUCCAGUCCAAUCCAGCCCUCGCCGCUGCCGAAAAGUAUACCGUCUCGUGGUUCAACAACGGCAAGGAAGUGGCAAAAUUCAAAAACAAAUUUGCCGUCGACACGGCCACAGUGCAGUCCAAGAGCUCGUCGUGGUCCGUGACAGUGCAGUUCUCCACCCCGUCCGUCCGCCUCGACUCGAAGAACGUGAUGAAAGCUUCCAAAUCGUUCACCGUGUAAGACGUGGCGUGCCCGUCGUUGCGCCAGUCAGUGUUUCGUUCGCCAAAAAAUAUACCUGCGUCAUAUGCCCUC